GCGGGGGGGCAGGCAAUAAGAAGGAGGCGAUUGUUGGGCAGGAGGGAAACAUAAAGUGGGGAGUCAGAGGAAAGCGAAGUGAAGCAAAGGAACUCAGAUUGCAUUCAGGUCAAGAUCUCAAUCUAAAGCAACAGCUCAUCGCCUGCCAUGAGGAAUCAGCCCCUCCCCUUCGUGAUCGUAUGUCUGCUUUCAAUCAGGGGUCACUGUCCACUGCCCUUUACACCUGCAGGGACAGGGAUACCUCCUUAUGAUCCCGACCUUGCCACGUUUGAUUACAAUUAUGAUACAUCCACCUCUUCUGACCUGAUCAAAGUGCCUACUAAUACUGGAAUUCCUAAAAGGUGCGACUACGACCCCUGCCGUGAGAAACAACCCCGCUGUGAGGAACUGGCUGCCUCCUCUGGCUGCCUCUGCCAGGGCUCCACCUUGCCUAAUGAGCGUCCGGAACCUCCCAAGCUACAAUCUGUAUCCUGGAACGGUUCAGAAGUUGUAGUUCAGUGGUGUGCACCAAAUUCCUUUAUCACAGCUUAUUUUGUGACAGUUGGAGGAGAGAAGAAGAUGUUUGAGGAGGACCACAGGAGCGCGGUGUUGGGCCAGAUAGACCACAAAGCGGAGGUCUGUGUGGUCGCUGCAAACGAAGCUGGGGAAAGCAAUAAGUCCUGUAUGGAGUACCAGCCGAGCAGCAGCAGCCUCCCUCUGACAGCGGGCCUCAUCGGGGGGGCUCUGGGACUCCUGCUGCUGAUUCUGCUGGUUGUUCUGCUGUGUAGGCGCAGGAGGCAAAAGAGAAAAGAGGCCAUGCAUGUCCAUACAUGAAUAGUCAGGGAUCAAACAAACAAACUGAAAGAUUGGACACUCAGAGGAAUAAAGACUCAUGAAAUGCUUCAUUGCUGCUGAAGUUCAUUAACUGUAGGGAGAUUGAGUAUCUGAAAAAAGGAGGAAACAGGGUUCAUUGACUCCUUAUCAUAUCUAGCUGGUCAUAUUCAUCUACCCAUUGGUGGUGCAGCUUGAAAAACACUUUGUUUAAGGAAGCGCUUUAUUACGAAUAGAAAUAAAAAGCAGGAAGAUUUUACUGUAGUGAUGCUACGCCCAUUUUUCUUCUAUAAACAUCUUUAAUGAAUGAGGAAUGAAUACCUUACCUUACCUCUGGGGGAUCUUUGUCAUAUAUCAAAAAGACCUCUGGAGAAAUCUGUGUAUGAUUACUAAAGACUAAGCUGAGAAAUACCCACACAAAGAAAGACAAACUACUGAUUAAACAGAUGGUUCAACUGGAGCCCAGAAUUUGGGGGUUUACAUCCUAACAAGACUUAGACAGAUUUAUUUUGUCAUUUUGUAUACAAGACUGUAAAGAAAACGGAAUUUCGUUUAAAACAGCUCUCGAUGAGUCUGAUCUCUACUUAAAUCUGUGACAGGACAGAGAAAAGGAAAUGAACAGUUUUGAUCUGGUGGUUUUCUGUAGCAACGUGCCAAAACAGAACUGAAACGACUGCCUUCCUGAAAAUCAGCUCCUUGGAUAAAAGGUUGUUGUUUAUUGAGCUGAUUUACUUUAUUUAACCAGGAAGUCCCUCACUGUUGACAGAGAUAAAGUAUCUCCUCAGCCAAGCUGUCUGAGAAUUAUAUCUUUCAUACACAUAUAAAAACACUGAAAGGAAUAAAGAUCGAAACUUAUUUAAAAACAGUUUGUUCAAGUCGGUUUAAAAUGCUGUGGUAAUAAAGAGUGGUUAUAAAUCCAGUUUAUGCAAGAGUUUUGGCCUAAUUCUGUAGUACAAGUUUUAAAAAAAGUGUUAUAUACACUGGAUAAUAUUUUAACAGAUGCAAAAUAAAGCUUUGUCCUAUAAAUACACCUGAUAGGCGUAAGAUAAAUUAAUUUUUACAGAAAGGUAUGGCAGAAGGGUGGAUGAUCAGAGAUGUAUUUUAAGUUUCAAUGAUUCUUAUCUAAUAUGGAUUUUAUAAGUUUUUUUUUUUUGUGAAAAUAUUUGGUAGGAAAGAAAUAUUUAUUUCUUGAAUUCUCUUGAGUUUUCUUGUGUAUUUUAUGUAUAUAAUUUGUAUGGGAAUAGAUUGUGGCUUCAAGGAUAGGAAAAUGGGAAGAAGAAAACAACUCUGAUUUUAUUUUAUGAGUGUCAUUUCUACAGCUUAUUUAAUCUUGUGAUUCUUGACUAGUUGCUUGGUAUGUUUAGAAAAGUCUGUCCUUUAAACUGAAAUAAAGAGCUGACUCUUGUUGGCCAAA